AUGCCAGUUGCAAAACCCAGGGCGGCCAAUUCUCUUGAAACUAUGAUGAAAUCUGAGGAGGGGAAUGAUUCUCUUGACACUUACAUCAGACAGGCGAUAGGGAAAGAGCCCUUGCUUUCUUUCUCAAGGACAGGGGACGGUCCAGUGCAGUGGAUCCAAUUUCUUCAUGCCUUGGAUCAACAAGAUCUCCCUGGUUGGCCUUUGCUGACUCCUCUGAAAAUUCAGAUGCAGAAGUGUGACAAGUGUUUUCGGGAAUUUUGUUCAACUAUCAACUACCGCAGACAUAUACGUGUGCACCGUCGGUCUUUGAAUGUUGAUAAGGAGUCUCAUAAAAGUAGGGAUUUGUUGGCAGCAUUUUGGGACAAGCUAUCUUUGGACGAGGCCAAGGAAGUUGUCUCAUUUAAUGAUGUGACUUUGGAGGAAGUUCCCGGUUCUUCAAUCAUUGGGGCAUUGAUGUCAUUUAUCUGCAAACCAGGGUUUUGUGCUCUUCCACAAGUUUAUGUGAAGGCCGGCUCUGCACUUUUGGAUGUCAUCCAGGCUAGACAUUCCAGGCUUCCAAUAUCCUCUCGAGAACUAUUUACUAUCCUUGAUGAUGCUAGUGAGAGGACGUUCUUAUGUGCUGGCACAGCUGAAUCAAUGCAAAAGUAUGUUUUUGAUGGGGAAGCUGGGAAAAUUGGCCUUGAGAUAAAGAACUUAGUUGCUUGCACCAGCUUCCUUGUUGAACAGAGACUGGUGAAGGCAUGGCUUGCUGACAAAGAUGCUGAAGCUUUGAGAUGCCAGAAGUUGCUUGUGGAGGAGGAAGAAGCGGCUCAGAAAAGGCAAGCUGAGCUGUUGGAAAGAAAAAGACAGAAAAAGCUUCGGCAGAAGGAGCAGAAAGCAAAAGAACAAUCAAAUGGUGAAAAUGCAUAUUCGAACAUCACUUCUGAUAUGAUAGACAGUUCACCACCAGCAGAAACAUCCAGCCCUUCAGCUCUGUCUGAAUCCAAUUCAAAUGCUCUAGACAUCCCUGAUGAUGUUUUGUCUGUCAUUGAUCCUGUUGAGUUCUCUAACAAAGAUGAAGAUUUGGAUAUUGAAGCUCAAUCUGGAUUUGGCAGUGAACAUUCAGAAUCAAGCACUAACCAGAAUGCUGAACUCCAAACGAUGCCGGCAAAUGGUAAUCGGCAUGUAGUCAUCAGUCGAUGGCAGUUGCCAAAAUCACAGCAUGGUGGGCGUAAUGGCUUUCAUGGUAGUCAGAAUCUUCAAGGUUUGAAGCUUGAACCUACGCAAAAGCAUGGACUCCCCAGAGGUCCAAGGGCUGCUCUCGUUAAUGGCAGUAAAGUUUGGACCAGGAAAGCUGAAAAGGAUGGGGAGAGUUUGAGAACCAGAUUACAUGAAGAGGCAAUGAACCAAACAGAUCAAAAUAAGUGUGAUGUGAUGAUGAUUGGUUCUAUAUCAAUUCCCGUGAGAAAUUGUACAUCACAGCAACAAGGUAAUUCUUUGGCUGAAACUGAAGAUGAUUGCAGCACAGAGCAUACGGUGCCAAAGAAAAAUAAUUUUCAGGAAAAGAUUUUAAAGUCUGAUUCUGUUCAUUGUGGCACAAACCGAUCGGCUGUUAAGCUUUGGAGGCCUGUGAGUCGGCAUGAAACAAGUGGUCCUUUGGCAGUUCAAAGUAGUAAUCGAGAAGCUGAAGAGGGAUUAAUUUCAGAAAAAGGUGAUGAUGGAACUGUUUCCAAUGAUAGUUGUGUGCAAUCGUGUGCUGUGGAUAUUUAUGAUAGUGAGAGAGAAAACUCUUCUCGUCCACCCUUGGAAGAAAAUGCACAUCCAGAAGGCUUGCUGUUCUCCAGCAGUGCUGCGAAAGCUUUUCUUGCACAGAGAUGGAAGGAAGCAAUCUCAGCAGACCAUGUGAAAUUAGUACUAUGCCCGGAACCAGAACCACGAGGAUGCUCCAGUGCAGAAAAUGACUUGCAAGUAGUAACUCCGGCAUCAGAGAUUCACAAUCGUAGCUCUCUGGGCGUUGCAGAGAACCGGCUGGCCGACGUUGAGGCUGUUGAGCCAUCGGUCAUUGGAAAUGCUAAAGCCAAGAUUAGAACAAAGCCUGAAAAGGGUUUCAAGAUAAAAUACAUUCCAAAACAGAAAACCGUUACGUAGGAGAAAAGAGGGAGAAAUUAUCCAAGUAGUUCAUAUACCCAUUGAGCAGUUUAAUUCAUUGCCCUUACAUUCUUAUCAGUGGUUUCAGUUUUACCUGUGUUCUUCUGUCAGCAAGCUGAAGAAAGGUUUUUUUUUUUUUGGGUGGGAAAUAUUUUGUAGUUCUAGUUCUAGCAACUUCUCUACGUUCUUUUUUCUGGUGUUGCUAUGGCACUUUGGUUAGUGAGAUUUUCUGCUUUUGUCGUCCAAAUUUUCUGUAAUAAAUUGGGUUCUAGGAGAGUCAUUUCAGAGUUUUUAUUUUGGCCAUUUUCACACCUCAUGUUCUUCCUGACAGUGAUAUUAAUAUACGAG